UCGAUUGCGGACUCGGAGAUUGUUGCUGCCACGCGAGAGAUUCCAGAUCGGUUUUCACCUUGAACCACUCCAGAUCUGCAGCUCCUCUGUUCCAAUGUGAUAGCAGAAGAAUUGUGGGGUUGUCAUUUUCAUCAGCCAGAGUGGGUGUUAAACUCGCGACAGUCAGUGUCGAUUGUUUUUCUCAAAAUGGAUGUCUCUAUUUCGUUGGUGAAGAACGUGAUACUUCUAGAUUCUGAGGGGAAGCGCGUGGCUGUCAAAUAUUUUUCGGAUGACUGGCCUGGCUUGUCGGCUAAAUUGGCCUUUGAGAAAUCUAUUUUCACGAAGACGCACCGAACAGGUGCUCGUUCAGAAGCGGAGAUUGGGCUGUUGGAUGGUUAUAUUGUCGUGUACAAGUUCAUCUCCGACCUCCAUUUCUACGUGACCGGAGGUGAAGAUGAGAACGAAAUUAUUGUGGCCACAGUUUUGCAAGGAUUCUUCGAUGCUGUUUCACUACUUCUCAGGAACAACGUCGACAAGAAAAAUAUCUUGGAGAAUUUUGAUCUUGUUCUCCUUUGUCUCGAUGAGAUUGUGGAUGGCGGAAUUAUAUUGGAGACGGAUGCGAAUGUUAUUGCUAGCAGAGUGGCGAUGCGGGGUGCUAAUGAUGACGUACCCCUAUCAGAGCAGACAAUCUCUCAGGCACUCGCAACAGCGAAAGAGCACUUUGCAAGAUCACUGCUCAAGUAAAACAUUGGGCGUAGAAUGUUCAUGACGAAGUAGUAGAGAAUUUUGGCACUUUCCGAACUUCCUAGAACAAUACAACGCCAAUCCUAGUGAUUUUUAGCUUGGUGCAGUGUAUGAACUCCUUUUUACGAAUGCACACCCCCAUCAUUGUUUCUUCUUCUUAGAACAGCCGUUUUUUUUUCGUAGGGAUACAUUGACCUUAAAAUGCCACUGAAGAGCUCUGUUCACUAGAGAUUUCUGAAAUAGAAUAGGAUGCGCUGUGGUCAAAGCUUGUCUUGUGUCCACUGUAGUUUGUGGGCACAUUCUUUUCUAAUACAAGUAUAUUCUAGCGAAACAGUCGUUGAAACGUCUA